UUUAGCCCCCCUUCUCAAUUUCCUUCUCAUCCCCAACCUCUCGGUUUCGCUGGUCGGCGGCAACCCGGCUACCGGAACGGCCACCGCGGGACGUCGCCAAGCCUCCUUCCCCUGCGCGCCUCUAUUGGAUAGUGUUUUUCUUCUUCGUUCACCCCGCCUGGCCCGACCGCCGCCGCCGCCUUACUCCUAGCUGCCCAGGUCUCUGUCGGACCCUUUGCCGGCGACGAGCACCCACCAGACCAGGCACCGGUGCUUGUCCUCGUCCCCUCCACAGCUCCACCAGCGGCCCAGGUUCGAACUUCAAGUAACAAGCUGCCCACCCGCGUGACCAUGUCCUUUAUUCUGUCCGCCCCUGCCUGAAGUAGGUAGGUCGACCUGCGCCAAUGCACUGACCACAAGGGGGAUACAUUCUUCGGCGAAGAAUAGUCUUAGGCCCCGAACCUUUUUUGGGGGGACUCGAGCUAUUGCAAUGGAGAUUGUGAACAGUGUUUACUUCGGCUUCAUAGGCGUCAGCACAACUAGAAUAAACAAGACAGUGAAGGUAGGAUCCCAACCACACCAGAUUGGCUGGAAGCUAAGAAGGACAUGUUGCGAGUACUCUCCUGGUACUUCUAGAAAGAAGCAGGAGAAGUAUGAGGAACAACCACAGAACGUCGAUCUUCCAGAAUUACAUCCAAAAAACAAAAAGAAACCCUUUCCUGUUCCUAUUAAAAAGAUGUUGCAAGCUUCUCGGCGAGAUAAGAGGCUUGCACAAAUGCAUAUAGAGAAGCCUCUUGAACCCCCAAAGAAUGGUUUGCUUGUGCCAGAGCUUGUUCCGGUUGCUCAUGAAGUCCUUGAUAACUGGAAAGUGCUCAUCAGAGGGCUAUCUCAACUUCUGAAUGUUGUUACAGUUUAUGGCUGCAGAAAGUGCCCUCAAGUUCAUGUUGGUCCAGUUGGCCACCAGAUCCAAGACUGCUACGGUUCAGGAAGCCAGCGUCGGAACAGUCAUCACUCUUGGGCCAGAGGUUCCAUCAAUGAUGUCCUCAUCCCAAUUGAGUCUUACCAUCUUUUUGACCCAUUUGGACGGAGAGUGAAGCAUGAUACUAGGUUUGAUUAUGACAGGAUUCCAGCAAUUGUUGAGCUAUGCAUUCAGGCUGGUGUUGACUUACCACAAUAUCCCUCAAGGCGACGGACUGCUCCUGUCCGGAUGAUAGGCAAGAAGGUGAUUGACCGUGGUGAGUUUGUUGAUGAGCCUAAGCCACACCGGUCAGAAGACUGUGUAUCUCUACUUGCUGAGCUCGACACAUUCAACAACCAACAAGGCCAGUCGCCUUCACCAUCAAAUGUGCAAGAGCUCGCCGAGAGGACACUGAAAGCAUACCUCAAUGUUCGGCGAGGCGUUGAGCAGCUGAUGAGCAAGUACACUGUGAAAGCAUGUGGGUACUGCUCUGAGGUCCAUGUCGGUCCAUGGGGCCACAAUGUGAAGCUUUGCGGGGCUUUCAAGCACCAGUGGCGAGAUGGCAAGCAUGGGUGGCAGGACGCGGUGGUUGAUGAGGUCAUCCCUCCCAACUACGUGUGGCAUGUUCCUGACCCCAGUGGCCCUCCUCUCAGAUCCUCUCUCAGGAGUUUCUAUGGCAAAGCUCCAGCUGUCGUGGAACUGUGUGUGCAGGCAGGGGCUGAAAUACCUGACGAGUAUCGGCCCAUGAUGAGGACUGACAUUGUCGUCCCAGACUCUGAGGAAGCUCGGAUGGCUGCAUAACAACAAUGUUAUGCUUCUACUUCUACCAUGCACCCUGCAGUUCCUACUUCUACCCUGCAAUUCUUGUCCAGAGUACAGAUUCCAACCAAAGGUGCCACUUUCCAGGCAUGCUGUGAUGGUGGGGCUCUUAGUCCUGUGGUAUUGCUCAGGGUGCAGCAGAUGCAUAGUUUGUACGUAUAAUAUAAGUAGCAUAGCUAAAUCAUGAUCUAUCAGAAUUUAAAACUGAGUUGAAGAUCUGGUUUAAGUAUUCGUUGAAAGGUUUAACGCAUGAACCAAGGACGCAAUGACAAGCUUGAUAGCCUGAAAGUGAAAAGGGAUGGUCUUUGCAACAUGUAUAAUUGCAACAUGUAUAAUGUCCAUCCCAUCUUGUUUAUUGGCCGCAGCUGCUUUAUUCCUACCUAUGCUAGACUGUGAGGCACUUAGAAUGCUCAGGCGUCACCAUACAGAUGGGUUUCUGCUUUCUCCAUUGGUACAAUUGUGAGCUAAUGCUUUGGAUUAAACUAAUCACAGCGGUUUGUUCGGGUAUUUGUGCGCCUGGCUGUAGUUAAUCAUGGACUAAAAGCCUUCCUAUGCACUUGUGCCCGUCCCCAGAUCGACACUUUGGGGGUAUGGCUACAUGUAUAGUCCUAACAGAUUGUCGGCAUAUUGUGUUCUCCUUUUUGCUGUAUACUAGUACUUUGUAACAUGCAUGCAGAGGCUACUUAUUCAGUGCCGUUCGCUAAUUGUGCCUAUGAAAUGUUUUGAGCUGUAUAUGGAAUGGAUGGUGAUAAAUAAAUGAGCCAUAUCGAAAGAUCCA